GCCCGGAGCCGCGCACACAGGAGGCACUGUGCUCCAGAGACACGCACGGAUCUGCGCGCAGGACUGGAAGCAGAGAAACAGGGAAGUUGGAGCGUCAGUGCGCGGAGGGAAGCAUGUUCAGCUGGGCCAAACAGGAGCAGGGCGGCCGCAACAAGGAGGGCGAGAUGUACCAGACGGUGACCGAGGGGCUGCAGACCCUCUACACCAAGAAGCUGCUGCCGCUGGAGGAGAACUACCUCUUCCAUGACUUCCACUCUCCGGCCCUGGAGCCGGCAGACUUCCAGAGCAAACCCAUGGUGCUGCUGGUCGGCCAGUACUCCACCGGGAAGACCACUUUCAUCAGGUAUCUGCUGGAGGAGGACUUCCCGGGGAUGCGGAUCGGUCCGGAGCCAACCACCGACGGCUUCAUCGCCGUGAUGUACGGAGAGAACGAGGGCGUCGUCCCCGGCAACGCUCUGGUGGUCGACCCCAAGAAGCCCUUCAGGAAGCUCAACGCCUUUGGAAACUCCUUCCUGAACAGGUUCAUCUGCUCCCAGAUGCCCAAUCAGGUCCUUCAGAGCAUCAGCAUCAUCGACACUCCUGGAAUUCUGUCCGGAGAGAAGCAGCGAAUCAGCAGAGGUUAUGACUUCGCCGAGGUUCUGCGUUGGUUCGGGGAGCGAGUGGACCGGAUCAUCCUGCUGUUCGACGCUCACAAGCUGGACAUUUCUGACGAGUUCUCGGAGGCCAUCAAGGCCUUCAAAGGGCAGGACGACAAGAUCCGAGUGGUGCUGAACAAGGCCGACCAGGUGGACACCCAGCAGCUGAUGCGGGUGUACGGCGCCCUCAUGUGGUCACUGGGGAAGGUGAUCAACACCCCAGAGGUGGUGAGAGUUUACCUGGGCUCCUUCUGGGCCAAGCCGCUGCAGAACACUGAGAACAGGCGUCUGUUCGAGGCCGAGUCUCAGGACCUUUUCCGGGACAUCCAGAGUCUUCCGAGGAAUGCGGCGCUGCGGAAGCUCAACGACCUCAUCAAGCGAGCACGGCUGGCCAAGACGUGUUUUCCUUCUUCUUCCCAUCAUGCCUUUGGCCCGAUGAAGGAGCGCCGUUCCUCCUCCUCUUCCUCCAUCAGCAUAGUUUCUCCUCUGACCUGUUUCUGUGUCGUUGAUCACAUCCAGACUUCAGGCCAAACAUUUGUUGUCUUUUCUGCAGACAUGUUGCAGCACUACGACUUCAGUAAGUUUCCGUCUCUGAAGAUGAAGCUCAUCGAGUCAGUGGACAAGAUGCUGGCCACCAAGAUCGCGGUUCUGAUGUCGAUGAUCCGGGAGGAGGAGUCCAAGGCACCGCCGGCCAUGGUGUCUGGCGGCGCCUUCGAGGGCUCCCAGGACGGGCCCUUCGGCCAGGGCUAUGGCGAGGGCAUCAGCGCCGGUGCCGACGCUGAGGACUGGAUUGUGAGCCGCGACAAGCACCGAUACGACGAGAUCUUCUACACGCUGAUGCCCGUCAACGGCAAGAUCACCGGCGUCAACGCCAAGAAGGAGAUGAUGAACUCGCGGCUGCCCAACACGGUUCUGGGGAAGAUCUGGAAGCUGGCCGACUGCGACCGCGACGGCAUGCUGGACGACGAGGAGUUUGCGCUGGCUCAGCACCUCAUCAAGAUCAAGCUGGAGGGCUACGAGCUGCCCACCGAGCUGCCCGACCACCUGGUGCCUCCGGCCCACCGCAAGAACCCCACCGCCGACGCCCUGUACAACCACAACGAGGACUAGCAGGGCGCCGCCGACACUGACUGAUGGGAACACCGCCGCAGGUCAUCGCUGCUGCUGCUGCUCGGACGGACAGACGGCUGCUGGAGGUCAAAGGUCACCAUGAAAACCUGCAACAGACGCAGCGCUGCGAUUCUGGCUUCAUCUGUCGAGCAUUUCCACUGAAACAAAGAAGAAAAGCAGCAACUUCCUGCUUGAUGUCGCCACAUUUCACUGACUCUGGCUCAUUUAGGUGCCUUGAUUAUAAAAGAAAUGAAACGUCUUUAUGUUUGACCAGCGUUCUGCCGUAGUGUUCCUCCGUACGAGUCCGUGUGCCUCAACUGUGCAGCAAGCAGCAACAUGAGCCUCCUCAUAGUCUUUAGCGCCUGCAUUUACAUCUCCAGCUUCACUCCAUCGUUUCUGUGCAACUAAUCAGUCAUAUUUUGUUCAUAAACCCCAGAUUUAAAGCACAUUUUCCUCCAAAACUCACCAACCACUCGCUCUGCGUUGCUUCAUUCGGUUGAACUUUUUCUUUUCUUUCCAACUUCUGCCGGCUGCCACAGAAGCUGAGCCCUAAAAGGAGUUUUGCUUUUUAAUUUGUUUCAAACCAACAUAUAUUUGGGAUUUUAACUGUUUCAGUAUUGAUUCAUGUGCUGAAGAUCAAGAAAGUGCAUCAAAAACUAAAUGAAGUCGUCAUUUAAGACAAUAAAAGCAGCAGCUUUAGUCCAAAACUUAACAUAACAGAUUAACGUGCUAGUCGACAGCUGAUCGAUCAGUCGUUGCAGCUCUAGUUAUCAUAAAGGAAUAAAGUGGCUGCAGGAAUGAGAGUAAAAAGGUCAAACAGGUCGAGUCACUUCAACCAAAGAGCAUUUUAAAUAUAAAGAAGUGAAUUAUUUAACGUGUAAGAAAGAAAACUUCUGGAUAAAAUCAUAGGUGUGUUCAAAUGUGUAGAGAAUAUACAUAGUGAUAUAGAUAUAUACUGGUAUAUGUAUUUUAAACACUUGGCACAAGUCGAGCAGCUUCACUGAAAUCCGUUUCAGAGGUCAGAGCUGGAGUUUCUUUGGUUUCCUCACAUUAUGACCGUGAGCAGAGUUGUGACCUCUGACCUCUGCAGACGUUCCUCCUCUGGACUGAAGGCAGCAGCAGCAUAGCGUUUAAACAUCUGCAGGACACCAGCUCUCCUGCCUGUCCGAGUGUUUUAACAGAAUAGACCUUUUCAAUUUAUCAUCAACUCAAAUAAACUAGUUAGGGUUAGGGUUAACCCUGCUUCAACCCUCUGAACUCCAAGCAGCACUUUCUGGCCAUUUGUCUUGUCUUUCUUCUGCUCCUGUCUAGCUGGUCCUCCUGUGGCUUCACAGCAACACAAAGUGAAUUUUUGACUUGUCGCUGUUGGUCCCUGUUGAGUCUUUAGCAGCUUCACUGUUGCACCAAAAAGCCGAGAAUUUUUUUGUUUUUCACAAAAUCUUAGUCACUGACAAUAGUUUGUUUUGGGCAUUUUUUUUUAUAAAAGAGAAGUGAAUAAAAUGAUUUUGAUGAACUAUCCUGAUGUUAGGCUCAGAUUUGGUUCAUUUUCUGGAUGCAGCGUCUCACAUGAGUUCAGGGACUGUCUGUUAGUUUAAACCUUCCUGUUUUUACAGUUUCUGGCCUUGCUGGUGGGUUUUGUGGUUCAGAGGGUCACGUUUAGCCUCCACUGUGCAGCACUGCUCUGCUCCCAUGGCUCCUGCAACACUUCUGACUCUAUGUUUAAAAGUGAGGCCAUGACAGGUCAGAAAAAGUCUCUUGAAUCCUGAAAGCUGCAAAAAUAUUCAUGCAACGUUUCUGUUUUAGACAUUUCUGAGUUCUGGUUUCAUCAUAAAGCCUCAUGGUCACUUAGAUAAACAUUAUUUUUAUGCUGUCUCAUAUCUUCAGUCAUCCUCAUAUUAAACCCAAUAUUAGUUGACAGACAAGAAUGUUUUUCCAUUUUUUAUGUAUUUGGGUGAAACUUAAGCUUCAACAGAAUUUAUAUUUUCAAAUGUCUCCAAUAAUAACUCGGUCACAUCAAUAUUAUUAUUGUUGUUGUGACUGAUGGUAAAAACCAAAACUCAGACCAGAACUUUCCUCUGAAUGCUUCCAGGCUUCCUCUCCACAGCUGUGCCUUUUCAUUUCAGAGCCUCUCAGGACGAACCAAAGCUUUUUAUUCUGUCUGUUGGGUUUUUAUCUCAGAGCUUUAAUCCUGCAGUGCCUCCUCAGUUCAGGUGGUUUGAAGACUUCGGUUCCUAUGACGGGACCGAGUUCGUCCUCGAGGACUCGGCUUCACGUCAGUGCCUUUAACGCGCAAAGACUCAAAUAUAAGAAGCAGAACCAGUUUCUGUGCAUUUCACACCCAGCGCUGUCUCCUAGAAAUUACAUUCAUGUGCUUCUAGUAUGUGGUGGAUCCUUUAAAAUCCAUUUAAGCAACAUUAAGUCCCGAAAAAGUAAUUUUAAAGGUGUUUGAAAUGCUGCAGAAGCAAGUAUCUGUGGUUCCACGGCGAGAAAUCAGGUUAUUCUAGAGAAAUGUACAUUUAGAUGUCAAAAAAUGUUAUUGUGGGAUCACUGAGGAGGACAAAGAAAUGAUGUUCUCAUGCUUUUGUGGUUUUUCCUUCUCAGAAUAAGACUUUAGGGGAUGAAGACGCAGCCUGUUUUUCAUUAUUUGAUAAAACUCUGCAUUUUCUUGUUCGUUCUGAUCAUUUGAUGACCAAAAUUUUCUAUUAUGUGUCAGUAAAUGACAUGGAAUUCACCAAAAGGUUUAAUUUAAUGUUGAUCUGUGCAUUAAAAACCAGCAGAUGCAGUGAUGAAGUAAAAUAAACAGCAGGAGGAGCUCAGGGUCGAUGGAGGGCUUAUAAAAGUGCCCACCUGUGGAAGUAAAAGGUCAGAAAAUCAUGUGUUUGGGCAGAAAAUUAAAAGUUUUCUGCAGAAAUAUCAAGUAUGCAGCCAUCCUUAACCCUUCAACAGCCACAUCAAUUUUACAUCUCUGUUGUUUUUACGCAAUAUCAAUAGUUGGAUGAGUGAAAAUGUCUGAAAAGUCAAAAAGAAACUCAGACAACAUCAGUGUUUUCUGCUCUGUUGAAACAAAUCUGAACUAAAUCCAGAUCUGGGAGCGAUUUUAGACUCUGACCUUGUAUGUAAGUCGGUGAGAUGACUAAGUCUUGAAGUCUUACGUCACUUUUUUUUAAACGCAGGCCCGCAAAAUGUCUUAAAAAGUCUUUUUAAUUAUGAGGAAUUCAAGCAAUCUGCAAAAAUGUCCCAUGUCAAGUUUUUUUUUUUUUUUUAAGUAAUCCAAACCUUGUUUCAAAGAAUUUAAACAUCUUGAUUAUUAUGUUGUAACAUGUUUAAAUGUGAUUUUCUUUGCUCUGUAGACAUAUAUAUCGAUAUCGCUGCUGUUAAAGUUUCCUUAUGUAGAUGUUAAAAAGCCUUAAAUGACCUUUUAAGAACAUAUCUGUCAAACAUUUCUUCUUUAUACUCAGAGAAAAUAUAAUCCAGCUGCACUUUGGGUUCCUUCAGAUGUAUUUGCUGUUGUGUGUAAAUGUAGUUUCUAGGAGACGCUCCGUGAGGGAACACGUGUCCGUAAAAUCCUGAUUUACUGUAAGAAGACAGAGCAGCAGCCGGUCGGUGGUUUCAGGACGAAGCAGGAAAAUGCUCCGUUUUUCUGUGUAGACAAGCUUCUCUCAGCCCGACUGUACAUUUCAUGAAAAGCUCAAAUACAACCUUCAUUUAUCUGAAUGUAAAAGUUUUUAUUUUUUGAUCUGGAUGUGUUUUGUAUUCUUGUUGUUCAGAUGUGAAGCAGCUCAUCCUGUUAGCAUAGCUGCAAGCUAAUAAAGGUUAUUCAAUACUCAAGG